AUGUCCCUCCGCUCGCUGUUCGCCCGCAUCCUCGCGAUCCUGCUCCCCCUCAGUACCGCAGCAACAAUCUACCUAUAUCUAUACCCCGUCUUCAAUGGCUGCGCAUUUCCUCUCCCUCGUGCUGAGGUGACAAGGACUGAAAACCCAUCAGUCCUCGAAAAGUUGCAGCAAAAUGCCGUCACGAAUACCCUCCUCCAGCAUCUCCUCCCAGACUCCUCGAACAAUCAACCCGCUAUCUUCAGACUCCUCGUCCUCGCAGACCCCCAAUUAGAAGGCGAUACCUCCCUCCCAUUCCCGGAGUACGAACUUAUCCCACGUAUACGAACACACUAUCGUGCUGUCCAAGAAGCAAUGGGCGAUUCUACUACGCCCUUACCACUCUCCCUCCUAAACACCGAAGUCGUCUCAAACAUCACAACCGGCCUUUGGAAAAUUGCAAACGAAGACAUUCCCCGCUCGCUAAGCGCCACGCAAAAAAGAAUCGACCUCCUUGGAAACGACUUCUACCUUGCGCACAUCUACCGCACCCUUUUCUGGUGGACUCGUCCUACACACACAACCGUCCUCGGCGAUCUCCUAGGCAGCCAAUGGAUUUCAGACGAGGAAUUCUCAGACCGGAGCCAGCGGUACUGGAACCGCGUUUUCAGGCACGGAUUACGCGUCGACGACGAUAUGACCUGGACAGGCGCUGUCGCCAGCCACAGCCCAGACCAAGAUAAAUCGGAUAAGCACCUCGAGCCCCUAGGUCCGGACUCAAACCCCGACUGGCCACGCCGCAUUAUAAACGUUGCCGGAAACCACGAUAUCGGGUACGCAGGCGACGUGAGCGAAGCACGAAUGGAACGCUUCGAACGUGAAUUCGGACGAGCAAAUUGGGAUAUCAGAUUCCAGCACCCGCCUCUAGUGAAUAACACCUCAAAAGAAACGGAUUCUGUUUCGGUUACGCCUACAUUGCACGUUAUCAACCUGAACACCCUCAUCAUGGAUACACCUGCUUUGUCAAAUGAGCUCCAAUCCCAGAGCUACGUCUACCUCAACGACCUGAUUAGCCACCGUCUCUAUCCCGUGGAAGAUAAGUCUGUUUUCACAUUGCUGCUUACGCAUCUGCCCCUGCAUAAGGGAGAUGGUAUCUGCACUGAUGGUCCCUAUUUCACUUUUCAUGAUGAAGAUGACGAUGAAGGCGAAGAUGUUCCACGUUAUCUGGCCGGUGGGCUACGGGAGCAGAAUCAUCUCAGUGAUUUUGUUAGUGAUACGGGUAUUUUACGUGGUAUCUUUGGCAUGAGCGGGGAUGAGAAUGCGUUUUUGGGUGGAGUUGGACGGAAGGGACUUAUUCUUACUGGUCAUGAUCAUACGGGGUGUGAUGUUGUUCAUUAUGCCGAGCGUGUCACCGAAACAGAGGCGGAGGCAGAGGCAGAGAAAGCAGAGAACGAAAACGAUUCAGCGGGUGCAUCUCAAAAUUGGAAAUGGGCUGCGAAACGAUACACACAGAAUGAGCACAAUGGUUCUCAGGGACCCUCUAUCCGCGAGGUUACCCUUCGUUCAAUGAUGGGCGAGUUCGGUGGUAAUGCCGGACUCCUUUCUGUGUGGUUUGAUGCUGACAUCGGCGAAUGGGACUACGAGAUUACGAUGUGUCCUGCUGGAGUGCAACACAUUUGGUGGGCGGUGCAUGUUACCAUUCUGGUUACCGGUAUUGUUGCUUUGCUUUGGGCUUUGACCUUGGGCAGAGCCGGGGACAAGAAGGUCGUAUACACGACUUUAAAGGGGAAGGAAAAGAAAGUUGAGGAGAAGCCUCGAAUGAAUGGGGUUCAAUAG